AAAAUCCUCACUGCGACUGUCGUUCGACUUUAUGUUGCAUAUCCUAACCCAGAUGCAUGGACCUACAGCAACCUUAUGGGCGCUGUAGCUUUCGUCAAGGAUCAAGAAAAGAAUUCUUUUUUUUUUCGUUUAGUAGAUUUGAUGAACAAUCAAGGUAUUUUAUGGGAGCAAGAGCUAUAUAAAGAUUUUAAAUACAGUCAAGAGUGCCCAUUUUUUCAUACCUUUUGCACUGAAGAUUAUUUUGCUGCGUUCUCGUUCGCCAAUGAGAAUGAGGCAAAGAUCUUUUACAAGAAAGUUAUGAAUAGAGAGAAGCUUAGUGCUAAAAAAAAUCAAAAGAAUUCUAAAAGUGGCGGAUUAUUUGGUACCAAGAAAAGUAGCAAGAAGGGUAAAAUAGACAAGGAGUCAAUCAGCAAGCCAACUGAUUUUAGGCACCUUGGACAUAUAGGUUUUAAUCCUGAUACGGGGUUUGACGUACAAAAUAUCGAUCCUCAAUGGAAAAGUUUAUUCGAUCAACUGGGUGAAUUGGGUGUCAGUCAGGAAUUAAUUAAACAAAAUGCAGAAUAUAUUAUGAAAUAUGUUGAUGAUAAAGGUGGAAUCAAAAAAGUAAAUAAGCCCACCAAACCGACGACUGGCAAAUCAACUCCUGGUGCUGCAAAAAAAACACCACCACCACCGCCGCCAAGUCGACGUCCCGGGUCUUCACCACCCGUUAAAGCCAAGGCAAAAUCUCCACCACCACCACCGCCAGCUCGACGAUCUGUUGUCAACAAUCAAUCGAAUAAUUACAUAUCUUCAAAACAGCAGAGUCCUCCAUCAUCUCCAAAGCAGCCCAUUCCACCACCAACUCUUAAACAAACAACGUCACAUCUACCACUACCGCCUCCACUUCCAGUUUUAAGCGUAAAUAAAACUGCACAACCAUCACCAGCUUCGAAUAUACAUAAACCAGUACAACCACUUCCAGUUUCAAGCGUAAAUAAAACCAUACAAUCACCUCCAAUAUCAAAUAUAAAUAAAAACCCACAACCACCUCCAGUACAGAAACCUGUACAGCCACCUCCGGUUCAAGUCGCGCCGCCACCACCACCUCCUCCUGUUCGUCCUCCGACGGCUCAGAACGAACCUCCACCGUUGCCUCCUGCCAGGGUGCAAACUCAUGCGCCACCACGCCAACCAACAUCAGCGGUGCCGCCGCCUCCACCUCCGCUACCACCUACUUCUGAUGGAGCUCCGCCACCGCCACCACCUGCCUCUAGGACUGUACCACCACCACCGCCACCACCACCUACUUCUGGUGGUGUACCACCACCACCGCCGCCACCACCUACUUCUGGUGGUGUACCACCACCUCCGCCACCACCACCUACUUCUGGUGGCGCGCCGCCGCCACCUCCACCUCCACCUCCUAAUGCAACAUCCAUGCCACCUGCCACGAAUGGCCGUGCUAAUUUGCUUGCCGAAAUCCGCAAUGUGGGUGGUGCUUCCAAAGCUGGACUUAAACCCGUUGGUGAGCCAGUUCGCCGGUCAACUAUACCUGAUGAACCUCAAAGCCCAACCACUGGGGGGAGUGAUCUUGCCUCAGCGUUAGCAAAUGCUCUUUUGAAUCGUGGAGCAGCAAUACAUGGUGAUUCUGAUGAAGACGAAGAUGACGAUGACGAUGAUUGGGAUGAUUAA